AUGUUAAUAAAUAGUUUUGACUCGCUAUCGCUGGAUAACGAGCUCAACAAUCAACUAUGGUCCACCUACCAUCGUAACAUACUUCCCCAAAGAAAUCUACAAGCCACAAAAUUCAUACUGAAAGCACUAAUAUUCUUUGCUUCUACAAAGUCCGACCGCUCGUUCUCUUCAACAUAUGGAUCUUCAUUGACAGGAGUGGUUUUUACCACUACAAAAUCGAUUAUGUUCACAACCAACGUCCUACUUCCCUUUAUUUUGGACCAAUUACAAUCACGACCAUACAUCUACAAUAUAAAAUCGUUUCGCUUGCUUACAAACUUAGCACAGGCCCUGUCAUUUACAACUUUUCUACAAUUCCUAAGCGGGAACUCAAAAGUUUACAUUACACUCAUUCAUAAACUUUUUCGAAUCACUGCAAUGAGCACAAAUAACAGUGCUUCUUACCGAAGUUCCGUCAACUCAAGCAUUGAAUUUCAAAACUCACAACUUCUUUACAACGCUGUGCUUCAACUUCUGGGAACACAAGUAGUAAAAUCGGAAUUCUUACACAAACUAAUAAGACGCAAAUACUCAACGUCACAUCAUUUAUCAAAUUCAAGUCAUUGUCCCACCUGCAACAACCUUCCGACAAACCCUUAUCUCUCAAAUUGCUGCUCCAAACACUUUUGUUACCUUUGUGUAUUGAAAUGCAUUGAGCGACAAAACUGCUCUUUUUGCGAUUCAAAAAUAAACGCGGCUGGACCCCUUUAUUCAUAUUCUUUUAUCAAAGGCUGA